UCCAUUCUAGAGAAGUUCAUAUUAACGUAAGGAGCAGCAGCAUCGAAGUCAAAUUGUGAGUUCAUGCAAUUGCUGACAGUACCCGUUCUUGUUAUUUCUCUCCAAAGGAAUCAGAUAUUCUGAAGGUUAAGCAGCAGGCUUUUCACUAGAAAACAAGUUUUUCCUAUGAUCAAACAGCAGCAGGAUUACUCUUUGAGCAAAAAGCACAGCUAUAAUCAACAGAUCCACAGGAACAUGCAGGAGAUGAAAUGGAAGAUACCAUGUCUACUGUGUAUACUACUAAUGAUACCUGACUGGCAUUCAGUAUUAGCUUUAUUUGUAGUAACAGCUCCCAGAUCAACAUACACGGCUGAAUAUGGGGAUACAGUGCAACUGAUCUGCAGUUUCCCAGUUGAAGAAAAUGUACAUGUUUCCAAAAAAUUAAAAGUAUCUUGGGAGCACAUUGACUAUUUUCAAGAUAAAAGUCAGGAUGUAUUAAUGCUUAAUGAUGGGCAGCUAGAUUUAAAAAGACAGCCAGACUCCUUCAGAGGGAGAACAACACUGCUGAUGGAAGAACUGAAUAAUGGUAGAGCUGUACUAGAGAUUACAAAUGUGAAGUUAACCGAUUCAGGCAAAUACCGCUGCGUUUUACAACUUGAUGGGUCAGACUAUAAGACUAUAAGCCUGCAAGUGAAAGCAUCAUACAAAAGAAUACAUAUUAACACAUCUGAAAACGAAGAAUUUUUGACAUGCCAGUCAUUGGGAUUUCCAAUUGCAGAGGUAUCUUGGCAGAAUAAUGGUGACAAUGUGAGUUUGCCAUCAAACACUUCCCAUUUUCUGACAUCUGAUGGAGUUUACAAUUUAACAAGUACCAUCAGGAUCAGGCCAGAUGUCACACAAAACUAUACGUGUGUGUUUUGGAAUGAAGAGCUGAAUGAGAAAACACAAGUUUCUUUUAUACACCAAGUAAAUCAAGAUACAGAAAUUAAUGGAUUUCCAAAAAACAUUGGAAGGAUAUUAACCAUUAUUUCAGUUAUACUUGUAGUACUGGUAACCAUGAUUGCCAUAUAUCUGACAAGAAAGCACUGUUUUAAGUGUUUCAGAAAAAAAGGCAAAAGAAAUUUUAGCACAGGAAACUGGUGUGAAACCAUGUGUCCUAGAACAAAUACAAAAGAUGAGCAAGAUAGCCUGCCAAAUAAUCCAAGACAAUGAUUUAUAAAACUUCUACAAGCUCCAAUGAAAAACAUUAACGUGUACCUUUACAGCUUUGGGCUUUGAUGGAUUCACCCUUUUUCAUAUAGCAGAAGCACCUUUGUUUGCUGGGAUAUGAUUGAAAAAUUGUAACCUGUAACAAUCUGAAGAAAAGACAAGUCUUCAUUUAGGUAUGAUGCUGUAGAAAAAUGCCCACUGAGCUAAUGAGUAUAAGGCCAGAAAGAAGAGGAGACAAGAACUGAGUCAAAGCAACAGUUGGACAGAUGGAGCUGCUUCUCUGGACCUUGCCAAAAAAGGCUCUUUGUUUUUGGACAAAAACAAAUAUGGCAGGCACUCAUGGAAACCAUGAACAGACAAUUAAUUAAAAUGAAACGUUAUUACAGGAACAUAACAGAUGAUUUUAAAGGGGUCGUUCCCCUUUAAAUUAAAUGUCAUUAUGAUAUAGAAGUUAUAUACUCAAGCAAUUUGCAACUGAUUUUCAUAUAUGUAGUUUCAAUUAUUUAGCUGUUUGCUCAGCAGAUCUAAUAUUUAGCAGUUAUCAGCUCAGCUAUCCGUUUGAAAAAGAGAGUAAUAGGAAUAGGAGAGGGCAUAACUACAAAAGCAAUUAAAUUGUAAAUUUAUGGCGGGAUAGGUUUGUUCUUCAACCUUAAAAAAAUGUGACAGCCUAACAUGUCACGUUAUACAGGUUUAAAUUAAGCAAAUUUAUAUAUGCACCGCAGUUGGCCAGCACCCCAGAAAUAAUAGCUUAUUAUUGUUCUACACAGUACCCCUUUUGUAUAUAGUGGGCUCUGUCAUCUGGGCCAGGAGUGGUUCACAGUUAGUAUAUCAGUGUAUACGGGUCAUUAGACACAAUGAGAAAAUCUCUGACCAUAUUCUUCACUUCUGUAAUGUUUGUGUAUUCUGUUUAGUUCUCCUAGUUUUUUUCCAUCAUGGGCAAGUGCUGACUUUACCUAAUGCAGAAUGUGAUAGGAUAAUAAAGAAUUUUACUUUCUCACCACACUUCAUUCCUGUGCAAGGGUAGGGGGAUGUGACUUGUAAAAGAACCCAGGGGCACAUUUUCACAAUAUGUGCCCAGUGGCAUAUGCUAAAAUGAAUAAAGAUGAUCUAAGCCAAGGAGGAGCAAGACACCUCAGACAGCACUUCACUUUACAAAAUCAUCAUAAAUGGCCAUUGUCCUACCAUUUUAAUUAUUGCUUGCCAGAAAGUAUUUGUAUUGUAAUUUUUUUUGUAUAUUAUUACUUAUUAUGUAAUCAGUAUUAUAUGUUUGAAAUAGAAAAGUACUUUAUUACAAUAGCAUGAAACUGUUAAUGCACUUUAAAACAUGUGUGCUAUGUAAACACUGUUCAUUAGUUUUUAUUCAAGGAUCAUUUAUAUUGUUUUUCUGUAGUUUAAUGAAAUAUCUCUAGAAACUGUUUGACUUCCUGCUAUUUAUCUAAGUGAUAGUACCUUUCCAUCAGCUGCGUUUCAGGGGCUGCUGAGCCCAUUUACCAAUGUGACCCAAUACAAUAAAUAGCACAGUGACUCUGAGCAUCACAAGGCAGAGUAAACCCCAGCAUUAAAAAUUACAAUGACUCCUAACUCAUUGCUUUAAACUUUAUUUGUUGCUUUCCUCCUCACUGCACAGAGCUAGGAAUUUUUUUCUUACAUAGGAGUGAUCUGUGUUUUGAUUGGAGAAAAUAUAGUUGGUGUGCAGCAAAGAUCCAAUCAGAAUACAGCUGGCUCAUGGGAACAAAAAUCACACAGUGUCUAGAAGCAAAGAAGAGGGUGACAAAUGUAUUAUAUAUGUUAAUAUAUAAUGUCAAUGGUCUUAAAUGACUGUAUGUGAAUUUAAUGACUGAAUAAGGUAAAGCAUGUGUUAGACUCACAGUAGGGUUUGUGACUCACUCUGUUAGUGGCUAAGUUAAAAAAAAAAAAAAUAAACACGAAAUCCCACACAGCCUUAUGUUGCGGGUAAAACAUCUGAUAAAUUA